CCUUGUGGAGUUCCACCCUGAUAUCUCCUGUCCACAACUCUUCUCCUCCUCCAUUGACUACAAAAUCCGCAUCUGGGACCUGAAUUCCAGCAGGUGUCUGGCCACCCUGGACGGCCACUUCAGCGCUGUCACCUCGCUGGCGUUUGCUGGUGGAAACACGCUCCUCAGUUCUGGCCGUGAUAAAAUCUGCAUGGUGUGGGACCUGAAAACCAGAGAAAGUAAAAGAACCAUCCCUGUCUACGAGAGCGUGGAAACUGCUGUCUUGUUACCUGAAAAGGGAGAUUUCUCUCAGCUGGGUGUGAAGAAACAAGGGUUGCAUUUCAUCACAGCUGGCAGCAAAGGCAUCCUGAAAGUUUGGGAAGUUGCCACAGGUGCUUGUGUCUAUACCCAGCCUGUGCCCUUCAAGUCGAAGGAGGAGGCCAGCGAGCGCAGCCUCACCCAGUGCCUGUUUGUCCCUGCGAGAAACGAGGUGGUCACAGUGUCUGUGGAACACAACAUUGUUCUAUAUGAUGCUCAAACUCUUCAGCUCAGGAAGCAGCUUGCAGGUUACAACGAUGAAGUUCUGGAUGUGAAGUUCCUUGGGCCCGGUGAUUCUCACAUUGUUGUGGCUACCAACAGUCCUCAGCUGAAAGUGUUUGAGCUGGCAACAUCACACUGCCAGAUCCUCUACGGACACACAGAAACAAUUCUUGCUUUGGAUGUCUUCAGAAAAGGCCUGAUGUUCGUCAGCUGUGCCAAGGACAAAAGCCUUCGAGUCUGGCGGAUGAGCAGAGAUGGGAGGGUGAUCUGUGUGGCCCAAGGACUGGGUCACGCGCACGGGGUAGGCGCUGUCUCUUGCUCAAGACUCAAAGAAAGCUUCAUAGUAACCAGCAGCCAGGACUGCACAAUCAAGAUCUGGAAUAUCCCAGAAUCUCUCACUUCCAAAGCAAAAGCAGCCUUGAUCUCCAGUCCAGAAACCCUUCAUGCAAAAGUGACCGAGAGAGGUCACAACAAGGACGUAAACAGCGUGACAGUUUCUCCGAAUGACAAGCUCAUUGCCACGGGCUCGCAGGAUCGACUGGCCAAGCUGUGGUCCUCUUCUGAUUGCUCUCUGCUGGGUGUCUUCACUGGACACAAGCGUGGAAUCUGGUGUGUGCAGUUCUCCCCAGUGGAUCAGGUCUUGGCCACCUCUUCAGCAGAUGGGACCCUGAAGCUUUGGGGUCUUCGGGACUUCAGCUGCCUGAAGACGUUUGAAGGUCACGAUGCCUCUGUUCUGAAGAUCAUUUUUGUCAGCCGAGGGACACAGCUCCUCAGCAGCGGUUCUGAUGGUCUCUUAAAGCUCUGGACAAUUAAAACAAACGAGUGUGUGAAAACAUUAGAUGGUCAUGAAGAUAAAAUCUGGGGUCUUCACUCUAACAAGCAAGAUGAGAUGGUUGUGACAGGAUCCAGUGACUCCUGCAUCAUCCUGUGGAAGGAUGUCACCGAAAUUGAAGAGAAAGAGGCACAAGCCAAGCAGGAGGAGCAGAUUAUGAAGGAACAGGAGCUUUCUAACCUGCUUCAUGAGAAAAGAUACCUCAAAGCUUUAGGGUUGGCAAUCUCUCUGGAUCGUCCACACACGGUGCUGACAGUGGUCAAAGCCAUCCUCAAGGAAGCUGACGGGAGGAAGCACUUGGAAGAGAACAUUGUUCGACUCCGGAAGGAUCAGAAAGAGGCUGUGUUAACCUUCCUGGUGACGUGGAACACCAACUCUCGAAACUGCCACGAGGCUCAAGCUGUCAUUGAAACCCUCCUGAAGCACGAAGCCCCGGACAGCCUCCUGCAGUACUCGGGCAUUAAAUCUGCCGUGGAGUCCCUGCUGCCUUACACCGAGCGCCAUUUCCAGAGGCUGAGCCGACUGCUGCAGGCCUCCAUGUUCAUUGACUUCAUGUGGCAGAACAUGAGGCUGGCAGAUGCAGCCCAGCAGGAUGACGUGACUUUGUGACCCUCCUCCCACCAGUUGCUCUGUCUGGAGGGGAGAGUCUGAACUGCUUUCCCAUCAGGUAUGGCAACGGGGCUUAUUCCUGUAUUUUAUAAUA